AUGUUUCGUCAGCCCGACAGCAUUUUGGCUUGGAUUCCAUCUUGCUCCUACCUGUUCCUGGACAGUGACGGGGAGGAGAAGAGGCACCGUCCCAGCAUGUCUCGUUACAGCCUCCAUAAUCUCCUGGACUGGAUGUACGGGGGUGUGGACCCCAGCUUCGCUGGCAAUGGCGGGCCGGAGUGCGCGGCCUUUCUCUCUGGGCAGCAGCAGCUUCUGGAGAGUUUGGUCUUCCUCAGCGUGGGCGUCGUGGAGAUCCUUCUGUCCCUGUGGAAGCUCAGGCGGCUGCAUUGCAGGGAGCUGGAGGGUCACCUGCUGCAGCAGCCCCAGACGAAGCAGGAGAGCUUGGGCAAGAACGUGCUGCUGGUGGUGGUCUGUCUCAUCUUUGGGCUGGAGGUGGGGUUCAAGUUUGCCACCAGGACUGUCAUUUACCUCCUGAAUCCCUGCCAUGUGGUCACUAUGAUGCAGAUUUUUCUUCUUGCCUGCCCUCCGUGUCGGACUGCGAUGAUUCUCUUCAGGUUGCAGAUGCAUAUGCUGAAUGGGGCCCUCUUGGCAUUGCUGUUUCCUGUUGUUAAUACACGCCUGCUUCCAUUUGAAAUGGAAAUCUAUUACAUCCAGCACGUGAUGCUUUAUGUUGUGCCCAUCUAUCUGCUGCGGAAAGGAGGUAUCUACACUCCAGAACCACUCUGCAAUUUCUGGUGGGCUCUUUUGUCCACGGGGUUUAUGUUUGUGUAUCAUUUUAGCAUCUUGCAGAUUCUGGGAUUGGUUACAGAAGUGAAUUUGAACAACAUGUUGUGCCCAGCCGUCUCAGAUCCUUUUUAUGGGCGCUGGUAUCGAAUCUGGGCGUCUGGACAUCAGACUGUGAUGACCAUGACUCAUGGGAAGCUCGUAAUCCUACUGUUUUACAGUGCUGUCCCCAUCUUUAAAUGUAGCGUGGACUUGCUUAGACUCCCACCUAAGAAAAUAGACUGAAAUUUCUCCCCACGGAGCAGUACGCACAGGAAGCAGAGAUACUUAUACUGGAAAACAAAGAGGAGGGAUGAGAGGACAAUGUGUUUUAUACUUCUCCCCACAGUUUAUUGCCUCAAAAAAACCUCUAUCAUCAAGUGAGGUUUUUUUUUAACUGCUGUUUCUCACUGCCUAUUGCCAAUGGCAAAAUUAGUGGCCUUAUUCUGGAAAAGGUUCGUGUUUUAUACAUUUUGUGUAAUUACAGUAGAAUCUUGCUAAGCCACUGUUUAAAAUUAGGCCAGGAUCUGUCCACAUUCCAGCAAAGAGAGUGGCACUGCUACCUCGUUUUGACUUAUUUUCCAUUAAAUAUAAGUACACUUAUGUCAUAGGGUAGGAAAUAAAGCUGAAUU